AUGGCAACAUCAAGUAAUGAGCUACUCUGUACUACAUGCGAAAAAGUAAAAGCAACAUUAAAAUGUGCAGGAUGGUCACAAGAUUAUUGUUAUGAUCAUUUGCGAGACCAUCGACAAGAAUUAAAUGUACAAUUAGAUCAUAUUGGAAAUAAUUAUAAUCAUUUUCGACAACUAUUUAAUAAAUAUAUAAAUAAUUCACAAAUACAUGCUUUUAUUCAACAAAAAGCAAAUGAAUGUAGAGAAUUAUUGACAAAGCAUAUUAAUGAAAAUAUACAUCAUACUGAAAUUAAUUUAAAUAAACAAACUGAUCAAUUAAGUAAUAUUGUUAAAAAAAAUGAUUUAAAUGAACUUAAUGAAAAAUUAAAAGAAUUAGAAUGA